AUGAUCGGAAAUUUGUUCGUGUUUACAGUGGAACUGAAACCGAGAAUGCAAAACGACGUCGCAUACGCCACCGCCUCAGCUCGCAUCGGAACCUCCGCUAUGUCAUCACCGCAGCCUCAGCCUUACGGCGGUGGUUACAAUUACGGCGGUGCUUACUCCUCCUCGAUCUUCGGUCCGAAACCGUCGCAGUCUUCUUCCGUCGGAGUCGGACUUUACGGCGUCCAAUCAGACUCCGACACGUCGCAGGCCUACCGCAACAAACUCUACCAGUCUCUGCUGGUCCAGAACCGCCAGGAGAUGGUCAACCGCCACAGCCUCUGCCUGAAGCGCCUCCACGAGGCGGCGGAGGAAGCCGACGCUCUCCGUCGCGAGAACAGCCACCUCCGCAACGUCAACGUCGAGCUCAACAAGCAACUCAAUCUCCUCAUCCACGCCUCCAUCCAGAAAGAGAUCGAAGCUUCUUCAAGCUCUGCGGCGAGCCAGCCGAGGUCGCCGUUUGGGAUCGUCAACGGGAUUCGUGGCCUGUCGAUUGACGGCAAGUCGUCGACUCACGAGGAAGAGGAUUUGAGCGAUUACAGUCCGACGAGUGACGUCAUGGACAACGAAGAGGCCGAGAAUGUUAAUGUGGAGAGGAUUGCGCUGCCGAAGAGCAUAUCGGUGAGGUCCAGCGGCUAUGUGAAGCUUCCUCCGCUGAGCGCUGCUACCAAAGCCGCCGCUCGGACUCGAAUCGCUGCCAGAUCUCGAACCGCCAAACCAGUCAGUGCUUCAAAAAAUGUUUCCUUUCUCAGAAGAUACAGGAAUCAAUUGCACAGGGAGUCCUAUAUUGCUCUCCUCUGUGUUCAGCAAAAGGUGUAUGUUCAAGGAGGGAAGAAAGAGGAGGUGCCACUUGAACUGGAGGUGUUCAACCAGGGAAUGUUCAAGACUGAACUCUGCAACAAAUGGCAGGAGACUGGUGACUGCCCCUACAAAGACCACUGCCAAUAUGCUCACGGCGUGAAGGAGCUGCGCCCGGUGAUUCGCCACCCACGCUACAAAACUGAAGUUUGCAGAAUGGUGCUAGCCGGUGAUGUCUGUCCAUAUGGCCACCGCUGCCAUUUUCGCCAUGCACUCACUGAGGAGGAGAAGCAGCUUGCUGGUGGCAACAAUAAGCUCAACAGGCCAAUCAGGUAAAAUAUGAUGGAAGACAGUAAAUAAUAAGAGAGGGAGAGA